CUCCCAAGAAUCACCCACUUCCAUUCACUCUUCUCCUUCCUUCCAUAUUCAUCUUCAUCAUUCACCCUUCUCAUAAUUGCAGGUUUAAGAAAUGGGUGCUUCAGGAAAAUGGAUGAAAUCCCUCAUACUCAAAAAAUCAGACAAACUUGAUCAGGAUAAAGUGGGGAGGAGCGGUAAGAAAUGGAAGUUGUGGAGGAGUUCAUCAGGGGAGAUGGGUUUGGGUUGGAAGGGUUUCAAGGGAAGCCACAGAGGAGCAACAUCUGCAUCUGAUGGCUCGGAUUCGUCAUCUGUUGUCGAUUCCGAUGCUUUCUCGGCUGCUGUUGCCACCGUUGUUAGGGUUCAACCCAAAGACUUCAAGGCCGUCAGACAAGAGUGGUCUGCAAUUCGCAUCCAAACCGCUUUUCGUGGUUUUCUGGCAAGAAGAGCAUUAAGAGCUUUGAAAGGAGUGGUAAGGCUUCAAGCUUUAGUCCGCGGACGGCAGGUCCGGAAACAGGCUGCUGUGACCUUAAGGUGCAUGCAGGCUCUGGUUCGUGUUCAAGCCCGAGUCAGGGCUCGUCGUGUUCGAAUGUCCAUUGAAGGCCAGGCGGUCCAGAACAUGCUCAACGAACGCCGCUCCCAAGCCGAGCUCUUGAAAGAGGCAGAGGAAGGAUGGUGUGAUCGUCGAGGAACUUUACAAGAGGUUAAAGCCAAGAUACAAAUGAGGCAAGAGGGUGCCUUUAGGCGCGAACGGGCACUAGCAUAUGGUCUUGCUCAAAAGCAAUGGAAAUCAAACCAAGGGCUGGAUUCAAGAACAAAUGCUUCAUUAACAUCUCUUAAGAGCCAACAGUUCGACAAGAAUAGUUGGGGCUGGAGUUGGCUUGAGCGUUGGAUGUCGGCUAAGCCAUGGGAGAAUCGCCUGAUGGAGCAAGGCCAGAACGAUCCUUUGGAAACAACUCCGCCAUCCAAAGUUUGUGCGGACAACCAUAAAUUAACAAACUCGAAAUCAUCAGAACCCGAGAUGGUUAAAGUGAGACGAAACAAUGUGACCACCAGAAUAUCGGCAAAACCGCCUCAAAUCUCUGGCCAACGGACUCGUUUAUCGUCCAGCCCAAGUUCAGAGUUCCGAUUCGAAGGAAGCUCGGGCUCAUCAUCUCUAUGCACAUCGACCACAACUCCAAUCUCGGUGGACCGAACCGAAGAGACUACUAACAUUAACAACGGCAAUAAACCAAGCUAUAUGAGCUUGACCCAAUCAACAAAGGCUAAACAGAGAAACCCGUCUCCCAGAAUCUACCGGCAGUCGAUGGACGAUUUCCAUUUUCUUAAAAACUCGGGGGUUUUAUGCAACAUUGAUUCGAACAGCAGCAACUGUUCUGAUCCUUCUUCUGUUAAUUUGUCGGUUUCUCGACCACUGGCUACCCGAGUCGAGAAAAGCUCGAGGAAUCGAAGCUGCUAUGCUUGAGAUGGUAUGCAGAAUUGGGUUUUGAAUUUGUUGGUAAGUUCAACAGCUUGUUGUUCUGUAAUGGUGUAAAAUAGUAAGGUGUGUUUGUAAUUGGAGUUCUUGAUGCUUUUGAGUCUUUCAUUCGUUUGUCUAAAUGAAAAAACAACUGAAAUUUGCAG